AUGGCGGCUUUAAAGGAAUUUGGCAUUUGCUACCUAAAGAAUCAUGGUAUAUCCCCCGAAAAGACAAAGACACUCUUUGACCUUACCCGGGAAGUAUUCGCACUUCCGACGGAAGUGAAGAUGCGCAUGUCCCGACGACUGGAUGCUCUUUACCAUGGGUAUUGUACUAGAGAGAUAGAAAGGCCAAAAGACGUGACCUCUGUGGAAAGGUACGAGACUUUUAUGACGUGCCCUCGACAAGCCUUUGCCUGGCCGGACGAGGUGCCUGCUUUUAAACCGGCAUCCUUGGACGUGUUCUAUGAGUUCGAGGAGUUGUCUUUUCGUGUCUUUGAUGUUUUGGCAGUUGGCCUCGGCCUGCAGGAUCGUGGAUUUUUAAGACGAAGCCACAUGGAAGACAGUGGGGAUCUGAGAAAUUCUCUCUAUCACAGUUAUCCCGAUGAUUUCGUUCCAAAACCGCAACAAGUCCGAUACAUGGAACAUUAUGACGUUGGAACUGUGUCAUUUGUUUACCAACGUGACGUUGGAGGACUAGAGAUUCAAACGAAAUCCGGAAAGUGGAUUGGCGUCCCAUGCAUCCCUGGCACAGUGCUUCUGUUAACUGGUAAACUCAUGGAAAGAUGGACGAGUGAUAGGCUCAAAGCUGUGUUCCAUCGGGUUGCUAUCCCAGAGGACCAGGCUUCAAGACGCAAAGAUAGACAGUCGCUAUCGUUUUUCCCGCUUACGGCCGAUGAUUUUGAGUUCCGUUGCUUGGAUGGGUCCAAUAAAUACGACCCCAUCACUCUGAGAGAUUACUGCGCAAAAAAUAUAUUGAAAGGAGAAUAUGUCGACGUCUAG